AUGGGUUUACUGGUUCAUGCGGAAGCGGUUCAUUUCUGUGCCACGGUAUGUCCAGCCUGCUCUGUCCCCUUACUGCAACCGGGUCGUGUGGCCCAGGACUGUCCCGCAGGGCAUUUGUAUCACCGUUUAGCCGAUUUGCGUCUCCAAUUGGAGGAGGCUGCUCUUGGUCCUAUGAACGAAUCUGAUGUGAACGGGAAGGAGAAUAAUACUGUAUCUGCCGGUGGACGGAUGCGGCUGACACGAUUAGAUGAUUGGUUGGUCGCGGUCGAUAAGUUCUGGUCCGAUGCUGCCAACGAGGAUGAACCAUCCAAGGUCGGUUACUCAAGUGGCGUUUGUUGA